UACGAGAUAUCAUGAGAGAUCUGCACAUACUCUACGUCACAGUUCAGCCAGAAAUAGAGCCCCUCUCUCUAUAUGAUCACAUUGUACCUGCCGGCGGCGGCGGGGCCGAAAGGGGCGAAGGAGGAGGGGGAUUGGAGAAGGGAACAGGGAUGAGGGAGUGUCUGUUGGACUGUCCUGCGGGUGAAAUGGACUCGUGUCGCGACAGACAAUGUUGCGGGGGCAGUGUGGACCCCUAUAUUGACAUCGCCUCGUUCAGAAGGCGGUCGGAGUCAAUCAGUGCGGUGGAGCAUCAUUUGCUGAAGCGACUCCCGAACAGAAUAUCCUCCCCCUCCUCCGCCCACACCAACCCUCAAGCCCAUCCUCAUCCCUCCCACUCCCAUACCCAUUCGCAUCAGUGUACUUCACAUAAUUGCCAAAAUAACCACACCAAAACAGACUCUCCCGUUCUGAGGAAGGUUAGAAACCACAAGACCAACAAGCCGUCUAGUCAAUCGGAACAAUCGGAACCGGAAAAUAUUCAUCAAGGAGUGAUAGAGAACAGAUACUGUCUGCACCAUGGCGACCAUAGGGAGUAUUGGGGACCUGGAAGACCGGGCCACACGUGCGACCAUGAAGAUCAUUAUGGCCAUGACUGCCCUGAUCAUGGAGAUCAUCACAACUGCCGCCAGUUUGAAGGCAACCAAGCAAAUUGGGAUCUGGAUACACAUCGUGUUCAAAAUCAAGGUCAAAUUGUAGACGACUUUGAAGUAGGUGAUACGCAUUUUCAAUUGAAUGCCAUUGGCAGACAAAUAAAUGAUACAGACCAGUAUCGCCAGUCUAGGAACAACAAACGCAAUCAAAAACAGGAAAAAUUGGGCCGCAAAAACAGAAAUCAAGUUGUUUUCAAAUGCGACCAGCAGGAAUUUACCGCAACAAAUCGGGUCGGCGAUGACCGAAACCGAAUCGGGACAGAUUUGGACAUAGCAGGGAAGCCAAAGGAUUCUGGUUUUAAAGGUAAAAAGGGAAAAAGUAUGGAAGGGAAGGGGAUUCAUGUGUUGGGGGGAGGGGAGACGGGGGAUACGAAUGAGGGAAGCACCCCUUUCAGACGUUCCAAGGAUAAUGACACCAAAAAUGGGGAGGCGGGAGAGGGGGAGGGGUUAGUGGAGUUGCACCCUUUGACAGAAGAUAAAAGUUCGGACAAGUGUUCCCAAAUUGAGUUUCCCCGACUGAGUGGGAGUGGGGCGGGGGCGAGUGGGGCGCCGGAACAGGAUCAAAGUUGCGAGCAAGAUAUGACUCAUAACUGCACCAUGGCUGACAUGACCGUGUUUUGUUCGUUCACGGAAAGCGAACCUUCAGAGUAGACAAAAUACUCCGCGAAUCAGAUUUGAGUUCAAAAUUUCGAAGCAAAUAAUGAUUUUCCCCCGUUAAACUAGUUGCAAGCCAGAAUCGAAACCUGGAGUUUUGCAGAAAUAUGUUCCGAAAACAUAUUUGUAUUUAAAAAUAGAGCCUGAAACUGGCUUACAGGAGGUAAAGAGAAGAAAGUUCAGACAAUGAAUAGACUGAAACGAAAAAAAAAAUCAAUUUAGUCAACCAUUUUUGUAACUUCUUUUAUUACUUUUUAGUUAUUAUGAUGGUGUUGUGGACUCAAUUAGUAUAUAAGUUUCAAUAGUAGAAGUUAUUGAUUUGAUUUAAAUUCUGACAGUUUCAUUUUAAACUGUUAAUUCAUAUUUCUUCAACUAAAUAAAACAUUUGACAACAA